CUUUCAAGACCGGUUUUAUACCCAUCGGCCAAAAUUUAAAACGAAAGGGUUCAAUGAUUUCAGGUUUCCCGCUUAACAAAUAAACAGAAAUCCAACCUUCAGAUUUCACAUUCUCUUAGCUUUGAAUUUCUUUUUUGAGUUUCCAACAAUGGCGUCCACAACAUUAAGGCUCAUUAUAGAAAAGGGUCCUCGUAAAGGUGAAUCCCUAGAAUUCACCCCAAGAUCAACAGUUCGAAUCGGCCGACUUAUGAAAGGCAAUAAUUUACAAAUCAAAGAUUCAGGUAUUUCUUCCAAACACCUUGAAAUUAAAUUUAAUCCUGCUUCUGGGAAAUGGGUGGUUACAGAUCUUGAUUCUUCUAAUGGUACUUUUUUGAACUCUGUUAAGCUUGAUUCUCUUACUCCAUUUAAUGUUGGUAAUGGAGAUGAUGUUAAAAUUGGUGAACUUACGUCAUUUAGGGUUGAAAUUGUUGAGUUUAAAGAAGGCGUUAGUACUCGUAAAAACCGUAGGAGACUAGUCGAUUCGAAGAUUGGUACUGAAUUGAAGGGUAAGGUUGAGGAGGACUUAAAAUUGGGAGGAAUUGUUGAAAUUACCGAGGAAAUUGUUAAUCGUAAAAACCCUAGACGAAGGGGGGCGUCUAAAACUUUAGCUAAUUUGGGUGAAAAUGUUGAAAGUGGAGAAGAAGUUGAUAAUCGUAGAAACCCUAGACGAAGGGGGGCGUCUAAAAAUUGUGUCAAUUUGGGGGGUAAGGUUGAGGAGAGUUCAAAUCUGGGUGAAAAUGUUGAAAGUGGAGAAGAAAUUGAUAAUCGUAGGUAUCCUAGACGACGAGCUGCUUCUAGAACUUGUGCUAAUUUGGGGAGCAAGGUCAAGAAGGGUUUAACAGAGGAGGAAGUUGAAUUUAAAGAAGAGAUCUAUAAUGGUAGAAACUCGAGGAGGCAAGGGGCUUCUAGUACGGGUCAUGAUUUGAGGGGAAGUUUGGAGGAAGAUAGUUAUUCUAUCGUUGGGGAUUCCAAGGAAGAAAAUGUGGAAAGGGAGGUUGAAGGUAAUCGGGGACGACAUGGCAGAGGGAGGACUAAGAAAGCAAGUACUUUAGAAGAUGAGAAUGCUGAACAUGCUAUGUUGAAGGAGGUAGGUGUGAACCUAAGCGUGGUUGAAAAGAAGACAACGAAAGGUCGUGGGCGGAAGAAAAAAGUGGAUGCUGAGUGUUUGGAUGCUGUUAUGGAAGAGAAGAUGAAUGGAGAAGUGGUAGAAAAACAAGUUCCUGCAAUGGUGAUAGAAUUGAGUGAGCAGCUAUGUAAUGAACCAUCAGUUCCUGCUUCUGAGAUAAACGUAUUUGAUGACACGAAUAAUGAGCAGUUUGUGGCAGUGGAAGUGUUGGAAAAAGAAGUGCUCGGUGAAGGGGAAUGUGCGAGUAAUCAACAAUGCAAAGAACAAGUAGUUGCUGCUUCUGAGCCAGAGGUAACUGAUGCUACUGAGAAUGAGCAGAUUAUGAAAGUGGCACUGCUAGAAAGCGAAGUUCUUGAAGAGGUAUUAGGUUUGAGAGAACAAUUACAUGAAGAACCAGUACUUGCUGUUUCCGAGCAGAUUGUACUUCAUGAUACGAAGAACGAUCAUUCUAAGGGCGCUGAGAUUUUGAAUAACGAAGUUCCUAAAAAGGCGGUAGAUUUGAGAGAGCAGCCACAUGAAGAACCAAUAGUUAUUGCUUAUGAGCCAAACAUAGUGGAUAAUGAGCAGAAUGAGCAGUUAAUGAAAUUGAGAUUUUCCAAAGAGGAAUGUGUUCUAUCUGUCAGUGAGCAGCCUCAUGUAGAAUUGACGGAUGAAAUCAAUCAGCAGGAUGACUCUGUUGCCAUGAAUAAGAGUGAGAAGCAUUGUUUAGAACUGACGGUAGACUAUAAUCAGCUGGAAAAUUGUGUUGCUUCAGAUGUGAAUGAGCAGCUUUGUGCAGAAUUCAUUGAUGAACCUAAUCAGAAGGAUACCUUUGUGUUGGGCUCUUCUCUCGUUGAGGGAGUCGUUCGUGAUGCGGUGUCUGAUGAUGAGAAAGUUGAAGAUUCGGACAUUGAAGAGCUUAAUACAGAGUCAGAGGCUAAGUAUUAUAGCUCAAGCACGUUCCCAGAGACAGAUAAAGAGCCUGAUAUGGAAAAAAUGACUUUAGAGGAUUGGUUGAAGUAUUUGGAAGUCCAUUUGCCUAAGCAGAUUUAUGCAACAGCAGAUGAGGUCGUUGGACACAUGCGAAAACAAGCUAUACGAGUGGAAGACUUCGUAUUGCAGCAGCAGAAAGAGAAAAGCAAACUUUAGUAAGUUUCAGAAAAGGCAAGGAGCUAAAUCGAAUACGGAAACUGGAUAGAAGCCACACAUGCACACCCCGUUUCUGCUAUGAUUGCUAGCUUCGUACGUGUAAGGUUAGAAUACCAAGUCGAGAAAUCCAGCAUCUUGAAGCAUUUACCAAGAACGGAGACCUAAUAUGAGGCAGUCGUAGCAUGUGUUUUACUGUCUUAAGGUUGCAUAAUUAUGCUAUCGAAUCAUUCGAAGCAAAAUUUGUAUAUUUUGAUACUUUUGCUUAUAAUGCAGCAAUAUAUGUUGAUGAAUCAUUUGAAUCUGUUAAUGAAGAUGCAAGAAAUAUAUAUGCUGAUAGUCUGA